GGUUUUUCGACCGCGACACAGAGCUCCGCUUCUUGAGUUGGGCGCAAGCGCGCCAUGAAGCGCCAUGGGAACCCCGAGAUGACGACUUCGGACCUGGAGUCUCCCUCGGGGAACAAGGUGAUCUCCAUGGCGCCGCCGAACAUCCAGCCCUACCAGGCCUUUGGCCAGCAGGAGGAGAAGAAGGUCCAUAAACGCUCCGCGAGCAUGGACGCGGAGAGCAUGAAGAAGGUGGCUGCGGCUGUGGGCGGAAUAUGGGUGCUGGGAAUUUUGUUGGGCUACGAGUACCUCUGGCCCUUACAGCUCCUGUUGGAGCUCCUCGGCGGCCUCUUUGCCUUCCCGCCCUUGUCGUGGCUGGGCAGCACUUUCUCCUGGGUCUUUAGCUUUGCGAACCGAGGCGCACCGGUGGUGCAGCAGACGGGAGCCUUGCAGGAGAUGCGGCUCCCCAGCGACCAGGUGCACGUCUUCACAGACCAAUAUGUGCACCAGUACGGCGACGCCGCCCUGGUCUUCGCCAGCCAUGACGGAUACCCGCAGAUCGUCAACGGCCUCUUGUACAACCGGGAGCUAGCCUACGCCGAUCUCAUCGACGCCACGGACGAGAACGGCAACACCGCGCUGGUCUACGCGGCCGCGAAGGGCUUCCGCCAGACCACGGCCGCGCUGCUGCGCUCCGGGGCGGACCCGGACGCGGCCGGGGGCGGGGGCCGCACGCCGUUGAUGGAGGCUGCCGGGGCCGGUCACAAAGACAUCGUGGCGGCCUUGCGGCUGUCCAACAGCACGGUGGAUGCGGUGGACGACUACGGCAACACCGCGCUGCACUACGCGGCCUACCACGGGCACCUCAGCUCCGUCACGGAGCUUCUGAAGGCGAGCCCCCGCAAGGACAUCCCAAACAGCUACGGGCACACCGCUGCGAGCUAUGCUGCCAGCAACCGCUUCAAGGCCAUUGCGGACCUCCUGAACCGGGCGCCCUCCCGUCGCGAGCUGGCGAAGGCCGAAGCAGCGCGGAAGGUGGAAGUGGAGGAGGACGAGGACGACCUUGCGGAUCUCAAAGAGCUGGCUGGCUUGGGGAAGAAGCGGCAGGCGGACCGGCUGAAGAGCGAGCCGAAGAAGGUGAAGGGCGCUGCGGAGGACUUGCACAAGCGUGACGACGCCUUUGCGCCCAAGCUGGAGCAAGAUGAGCACCUCAGCGACAAAGAGAAGCACUCCCUCGAGGAGCAGGUGGCCAAGCUGAAGCGGCGCCAUGAGGACGCGGAGCUCAAGAACCAGCGCCGCAUCGUGGAGCUGCUGGAAGCCAGCAACGGGCAGCAGCAGGCCCUCGACGAGGCGCAGCGCGCCGUGCGGGCCUACCAGCUCAACUUCACGGAGCUCAGCUUCAAGGUGCAGGAGCUGGAGACCAAGCGCCAGUCCAGUGAGCUCCGGGCCGCGGACGCCAAAGACAGGGCUGAUCGCUUGCACCAAGAGAUGCAGGAAGCGGAGAUCGAGGUGCAGCGACACAAGGCCCGGGCGGAGGCGGCGGAGCAGGAGGCGAAGAUGCACCAGGAGGUGGUGAGGCGCCAUGAGGAGGGCCAGCAGAAUCGCAAGGACGAGGUGAACAACCAGCAGCAGCAGCUGGAGAAGCAGCAGCAGGAUCUCUCCGCUUUGCGCGGGGAUGUGCAGAAGUCAGAGGAGGCCCUGCGGCAGCACCGCGAGCGCGCCGCCGAGCUGGAGAGGCAGCUGGCCGCCCUGCGACCAGUCGAGGCGGGGGUGGCGGGGGUGGCGGGUCAUGGCAUCAAGGUUUCUCUGCACCCGGGCUGUGGGGAUGGCUCCCUCACGGGUUCCGGGGCUCUUGGGGAUGCCACCAAUUUGCCGCAGGCCGCAAUGACGAUGCACCCGAUACAUCAUGGGGUGCAGCCGGAGCACGUGCACAUGCUGGAUGUACUGGAGUCAGACACGGCAAAGCCCUUCAUCAUCCCAAUCCUGGGCCUCAUCGCAGGGAUCGUCAUGAUGAACCUGCCGCGCUUCGUUCAGAUGACGCACGAAGCCACGGUGGCGACCGUCGGGAAGCUGGUGCUCUACUUCGGUGCACAGUCCUUCAUGAACAUCUUCAUGGGCUGGGUGUUCCGCACGCACGUCACUCUGGAGAAGGGCUACGUGCUGCCGAACGGCAAUGUCUUGGACCAGGACCUGCACGGCUGUCCUGUGGGCUUCGCACUGACAGCUAUGCAGCAGGUCAUCUCAUUCUUCUGCUUCAUCAUAUUGUAUGGCGCCCUGUAUUACACCCCAUACAGGAUCGAGACCCGAAAGAUCACCAGCUUCAAUGAGGUCGUCAGCAUUUGCAUAUUCGGCAGCGUCUUUGCGUUGAACAUCGCCCUGAACAACUUCAGCCUGGGGUACAUCAGCAUCGCAGUGAACCUCAUCAUUCGCUCCUGCCUGCCGCUGACCACCUUCUUGUCCCAGCAAUUGUCGCCUGGCAGGUAG